GCGACACGGACAUGCAACAACGCGGCAUGUAGAGUCAACAUCCACGGGGUCGGGGGAAGUGUCGAGUCGAUGGCAAGGUGGUGGUCGCAGCCGCUCCAAGAUAACGCUGCGAGGACCAGGAGGCCUACCUGCCCUCUGUGCAUGAAGAACUGCUCGUGAUGUCGCCGCACGUCCUUGCCAUAUCGCGUUGUUGGACAAGGUCGACCAGAAGUCUGAGCCGUGUUACGUGUCGACUCGAAAAUUACGCAACGGUGUCGUUUGGGGUGGCAUUUGGCAUUCUUCAGCGCCAGCUCGCGCCGACGUGGAGAGUUCGAUGGGUCUGCUGCCGCCCACGACGGAAAUCGGCAUCGUUGCCACGCACUUGGCCGCUGAAAAGAGUCGCCACGAUGUCGUGCCGUGGUUUGAAAUCGUCGUGCAUGCGCCCGAUACGUCCUGGUGUGUGCACCGUGUGUACCAUGACUUUGAGCACUUGCACGACCAGCUGCGCAGCAGUUUUCCGUUGGACACUACGUCGCUUGACCUACCGACGCUGUCUCCGUUCACCUGGUCUCUCUCCAAGCAGACACGGCGCCACCACAAUGCAUGUCGACUACAGGUCGACUUGAACGAGUACUUGCAUCGGGUGCUGGAGCUUCACAACGUCGUGGACAGCGGUAUCGUUCAGGCGUUCGUUGCGGAGAGGCGUUCAGAAGGCCCGCAUUCCCCCGUCGCCUUUUGCACGCAUGCCCCCCCCAGCCCGUGCUCGACGUGGGACGAAUCGAUCGUCCCCACCGACAGCUCGUUGCACUCGUCAGCCUCGUCACUGUGCCCACCUGCCUUUGGGUUUCCGACCUUGGUCUGUGCACCGGUCAAGUCUGCCGCUUCGCAACCCAUCUUGUACGGCCACCCGAUCCAAUGGCGUGGCUGCGCCGGCUUGCAUGCGGGCAUGUCCAAGCCACACGCGCUGUCCCCUGCAUGCGUCACGAUGACGCCGGACACGGCCAAGAUCGUCACGCUUGUCGCCAAGUCUGUCUCUCCACUGGCAAGCGCCAGUCACCCCAUUCGGUUCCACGACGUGUGUGUGUUUCGAGGGCCGGGCGGCACGUUUUUGAAGGCGACUCGCAGCGGGCACGUUGGCCAGACCCGCCACCGGUCAAAGGCGUCGGUCUUUCGCAUCGUGCCGCCUGUUGCCGACGGCGACGUUGUGCAUGCGGAAGACGACGUGUGUUUUCAAGUAGAUGGACAGUGCUGCGGACAGCCGGGGCAAUGGCUGUGGCUGACCGCGGCCACGAACGGCUCGAUCGUGCUGUCGUCAGACGCCGCCCCCGUCGUGUUGGGUCUCCAUCAUGGCCACGCGGCACCGCCUACGUCCUCGUUGUCCACACUAGAACCGUUGACUGUGCGCGGGCUAGUGUACAACAUUUGGUGCCUCCCACCGCUUGCUACGUCGGUGUUGAACCUGUCGCCACACAAACGCGAGCGCAUGGCCGCGAUUCCCGCCGUCCUGCCGCCCGACUUGGACUUUGUCGUGUUCUGCGAAGCAUUUGACGACCGCGCCAAGCAAGACCUGACCACCGCGAUGAAGCGCCACGGAUUCCUGUACGAAACCACGAUCGCGGGCGGUCGCACCAAGUUCAAGCUGUUUCAUUCCGGCGUGUUUGUCAUGAGCAAGUACCCCUUGGCCAACACCGAUCAACUCGUGUACGGGUCUACCGCGAUCGGAGUCGAACGGGUGGUCGACAAAGCCGCAAUGUACGUCCAAAUGAUCAAGGACAACCAAGCCGUGCACAUUUUUGCCACGCAUACGCAAGCUUGGGACGACAAAGCAGCCAUCAAGUGCCGCGCCAAGCAGAUCGAGAUGCUGGCCACGUGGAUGCAAUCCAAGCACAUCCCGCCGCACGACAUUGUGGUCGUCGCGGGCGACUUGAACGUGGACCAAUACGCCGUGCCGUGCACCGAGUACGACUGGAUGACCGCGACGCUAGGCGUCGAGUCGCCCGCCGCAGUCGACAACACACCCAAGUACAGCUUCGAUCCGAUCUCGAACGUGCUGGCGUCGUCUGGCAUGAGCAGCGGCGGCAAGGCCGAACGGUUGGACUACGUCAUGACGUCGACGAGGCACAGGCAACCAACGAGUAGCGCGACUCAAGUGCUUCCGGUCAAGGCCAAGCAAGGAUGGGUCGAUGACCACGGAGCGUGGAUCACGGAUCUGUCGGAUCACUACCCUGUCAUGUCCGAGUUUCACUUUGACUAGCGCGACUCGGUCGUCAUGAACGGAACCACCGACUACACUUGUUGUGCUACUGCCAGGCCGUGACCUGCUGCCGAGGCUGCGUACCUUGACCAAUCUAGUUUCCGCACACUCACUCUGAUUGACCGGGCCGCCCAGAGGUCGCAGACUCGACGGCCUUGCAAUGAGUCGCCGAUUUUUUUGUUUACACCACGACGUGCGUUGCUCGAGUGCCAACGUUGCGUGGAGCGUAUUCACCUGUCCAACUUGGACAGGCUCGACGGUUCCCAUCCUCUUUGACACACAUACGAAGUGGACGGCGAAGUGCAGAG